GUUAGUAAUCAUCAUACACGUGUCGGUAACAUCAAACUCAUGUUUACUGUAACACUUUAGCAGGCAGUCAUAAUACGUCUGCGACCCUCGCGUCCUUUCAUGUCGGGUUUGCGAACUUUUGACCUGUAUUUCAGGAUAGCGACUGGAGGCUGGGCGGGUAGGUGGAGACUAAACUAAACCUGAAGCACACCUGGACACUCUAACUUUCCACCUGUGCCGUACGCCACAGAGGAUCUCCGCGUUUCAUUCAUCCAGCUCGAUGGAUCUCUGCGCGGGCUCGGAUGACAUGCAGUGCCGUGAUGCUGCCAGAAAGGACUGCUCGGAGAACGCAGGGGACCCAGGAGCUGCUCCAGCACCCGAAAAACCUCCUUAUUCGUACGUGGCUCUCAUCGCUAUGGCCAUCAGAGAAAGCGAGGACAAGAAGCUGACUCUGAAUGACAUCUACAGCUACAUCAUAUCCAAGUUCCCAUACUACGAGAAGAACAAAAAGGGAUGGCAGAACAGCAUCAGACACAAUCUGAGCCUGAACGAGUGUUUCGUGAAGAUCCCGCGGGAGAGCGGAGGCGAGAGGAAGGGGAACUUUUGGACACUGGAUCCGGCGUUUAAUGACAUGUUCGAAAAGGGAAAUUACAGACGCAGGAGACGCGUCAAGAGACCAUACCGGCCUCCAGCUUUACCGUCUGGAUUUAACUUCGCCGACCCGUACUGUCUGCAGCAGGAGCCUGUUUAUUGGCAAAGCCCGUUCGUUAGCAGCGGCUCGUGGAGUCACCAGUCCGGCUCUCCCACGCACAUCUCCAGCUACAUGCUCGGUAACGCGCGCCCUCUGUCUCCUAACGACUUCGCCAACUCUCCAGUCAGCUAUUACCACGGCCAUCACCCUCAUCUUCACCCGUCCUACAGACCGUACCAUCGGCAUCCGAACGCUCUGGUGCCUCUGAGCGGCAUGACUCCACCGGUGAGCCCGGGCGGAAGCUCCAUUUCCACCUGCAGCUACGCGCCGCAGAACAGUCACCCUGAACUGGUACACCAUCCGUUUGACUGAUGGCAAGCCUCGGUGCUGACUGACUGACUGUCUGGGGUUAUUUGUGUUAAGUUGUCCAUUAGAUAAGUUACACUUGUUCCAAGUCAAACUGACUGAUCGAAAUCUUGCAUUCGCUCGCGUAAUUUGGUUUGUUGCGUUAGUUUGUAGAUACUGUAAUGCGUUUACAGCUUCGUGGAUUUUCAUGAAUGUUUAAUUAUUGUUCGCUUCACUACGAAACUUGGACGCUGUUUUUAUAUUAAAUUCCAGCAAAUGUUUUUGAUACAGCAUCAAGUGCUUAUCUUUUACCAUGCUCAUUUAAAAUAUUGAAGUACAUUGGAUAAAAUGUUUAUAAAUGUUUUCUUUGCAGAUGUUGUUGAAACACACAAAGGUGUAUUUGCUUCAAAUGUGUUUUGGAUAUUGAGUAGACAUGCUGUCUAUAUUCUUGAGU